UGGGCCGUCUGUGGAAGCGUUGUAACGCCUCGGGGAAAGGAGGCUGGCGAGGGUUCGGUUCGCCACCUCUGGCUUUCUGUUUUUUUGUUGACAGAGUUGGAUCAUCGGUGCUUCGCCUUUUGUCUGUGGCACGCAUUCCGUUCUCCCCAUUUGCUUCCCGGCCUUUGGAUCCACCCGUGUGGAUUUUCACGUUAUUUCUCUCGCCCCGCCGCGAGUCCCCCAGCCCCGCGUCCCCUGGCUUGGAGGCGGUAACUAUGGAGAAUCUGGCGGAGGAGGACCUGCUACCCCCGGAGAAGGAGGAGGUGGCCCAGGUCAGGGUCCCGACUCCGGACUCGGCUCCGGCCCCAGAUUCGGCUCCGACUCCGGCCUCGGCUUCAGCCCCAGCCCUUGCCCCGGCCCCGGCUCCGGCCCUGGCCCUGUCCCCUUCUCUAGCCUCUGUCCCCGAGGAGGCUGAACGCAAUUAUCUAAUUCGUCCUUUAAAGUCAGUUAUAGCCAGGCAAGUUGAAGAUGGUGAUUUUGAACUGGAGUUGAAAAAUGAAAAAAAAGUAACAGAAGUUGUGAAAGAACCUUGUAUCUUGGAUUCAUCUGAUCUAACAACAGAGAGACACAUCUCAAUUCAAAGACAACUUGCUGAUCUGGAGAAGUUAGCUUUUGUGAUUGAAGGACAUUUUGACUCUGCCAAUUCAUUAAAAUCAGAUCCUCUUGAUUCAGAAAACAGAAAGGCUUGUCCAUUGUGCCCUAAGGAAAAAUUCAGAGCUUUUAAUAGUCAUAAACUACGACGACACCUUCAGAAUUUACACUGGAAAAUCUCAGUUGAAUUUGAAGGUUACAGAAUGUGUAUCUGUCACUUACCUUGUCGACCAGUAAAGCCAAACAUUGUUGGAGAGCAGAUAUCCAGUAAAUUGGGUGCCCAUUAUCAUUGCAUCAUUUGUUCAGCAACCAUCAGCAGAAGGACUGACAUGCUAGGACAUAUUAAGCGCCAUGUGAAUAAAGGAGAAACUAAAUCCAGUUAUCUUGCUGCUUCUACUACUAAAACAUCUAAUGAAAUUUUGAAGGAGACAGAUACAGAUAUACAAGUUUGUCCUAACUAUUCUAUACCUCAGAAAACAGAUUCCUAUUUUAAUCCCAAAAUGAAACUCAAUCGGCAGCUAAUAUUCUGUACAUUGGCUGCUUUGGCUGAGGAACGAAAACCUUUGGAGUGUUUAGAUGCCUUUGGAGCCACUGGAAUAAUGGGAUUACAAUGGGCAAAACACCUUGGAAAUGCAGUCAAAGUUACAAUUAAUGACUUGAAUGAAAACUCUGUGACUUUAAUUGAGAAAAACUGCCAUUUAAACAAAUUGAAAGUGGUGGUAGACAGCAAUGAAAAGGAAGAAGGUGAUACUCUUGAAGAAGAAGGAGAAGAAACCCUUGGCAAUAUUCAGGUGACCCAAAUGGAUGCCAAUGUACUGAUGCAUUUGAGAUCUUUUGAUUUCAUACACCUAGACCCUUUUGGAACAUCAGUGAACUAUCUAGACUCUGCAUUCAGAAACAUAAGAAACCUUGGCAUAGUAUCAGUGACUUCCACAGAUAUCAGUUCCUUAUAUGCCAAGGCACAACAUGUUGCCCGGCGUCACUAUGGAUGUAACAUUGUCCGAACAGAAUAUUACAAGGAACUAGCAGCCAGAAUUGUUGUAGCUGCAGUGGCAAGAGCUGCAGCACGAUGCAACAAAGGCGUAGAAGUACUGUUUGCAGUGGCUCUGGAGCAUUUUGUGUUGGUAGUUGUGAGAGUUUUGAGAGGGCCUACGUCAGCAGAUGAGACUGCAAAGAAAAUUCAGUACUUGAUCCAUUGUCAGUGGUGUGAAGAAAGAAUUUUUCAGAAGGAUGGUAAUAUGGUAGAAGAAAACCCAUAUAGACAGCUUCCCUGUAAUUGUCAUGGAAGUAUGCCUGGAAAAACAGCAAUAGAACUUGGACCUCUGUGGUCAAGUUCCCUUUUCAAUACUGGAUUCCUCAAAAGAAUGCUAUUUGAAUCUAUUCACCAUGGUUUGGAUGACAUUCAGACCCUAAUAAAGACAUUAAUCUUUGAAUCAGAGUGCACUCCUCAAAGUCAGUGUUCAGUUCAUACACCUUCAAAUCUCAACAAACAAGAAGAAAAUGGUAUAUUUAUUAAAACUACAGAUGAUACCACAAUAGAUCCUUACAUUGUACAAGGAAAGAGAAAAGGUAAUGAAAUGAUCACCAGUUUAGCCAAGAAGCAGAAGAUUGGUGUCAAUACUGAACAUCCUCCCUUUUAUUAUAAUAUUCACAGACACAGCAUUAAAGGAAUGAAUAUGCCAAAGUUAAAAAAGUUUUUAUGCUGUCUUUCUGAAGCAGGCUUUCGAGUAAGCAGAACUCAUUUUGAUCCAAUGGGUAUUCGUACAGAUGCACCUCUGAUGCAGUUUAAAUCUAUCCUUUUAAAGUACAGCACUCCCACUUACACUGGAGGACAAUCAGAUGGCCAUGUCCAGUCAGCAUCUGAAGAUACAGUAACCAACAGGGUUGAAAUGUCAGUGAAUGACAAAGCAGAAGCAAGUGACUGCAAACGAUGGUAAAUGUAGAGAAGAAUUUAUUCUCAGGUGUCUGUAUAGAUGGCCCAGUAGUUCUAUAUCAACUGUAAUUUUUUUUCUAUUCUUUCAGUUUUAGUGAUACACAAUAAAAAGAGUUUUGUUUUAAAAGCACUGUUUUAAUUCAGAAAUUGGCUGUUUCUGCCUUGGCUGGUUUGGGUGCUUUGCUUUUUAAGUUUUUCUUAUUUUAAAGAAAACAAAAUUUUCAUGGAAAUAUUUUAUCUGACUGGGAUUACCCUGCUGUUUAGUAAUUUAGAAAUUAUUCACAUUUAUAGCUCCUGGAAAUUUAAAUACACUGUGAAAGUCAUCUUUUAUCUUUUGUUUUAGAGCUAGGGAUAGAACCUAGGGACUUGGGCCUACUAGGCAGUACUCUGCCACUGAGCUAUACCCCCAGACCCAAGCACUCCCACCUUAGGCUCUUGAGCAGCUGGAAUACAGGCAUGUAACACUGUACCUGGCUUAUCUUGUACUGUUUUUAAUCACAUCUCUACUGAGUUAAGAUGCUUAUGUUUUUCUGUAUGUACUAUACAAAAUAAAGCUCAAGCCUUUUAUGUGCUAAAAUGACCGUGUAUAAAAUAGGAAGAAUAAUGUUCUUCCAGAUUACUCAUGUACUUAAAAUACAAUUCUAAAACAUUUUCCUAUUUUUGAGAAAUCAUUAUUUCUCUACAUGUUGAUAUUUUACUUCUAGUUUUGGGAAAAAUUAAAUACUUGCCUGCAACAGAAAUGCAUUUUUUUACAAGUUUAUAGACUACCUGACGUAAACUUCAGAAUAAGAUUUUU